AUGUCCGAACCAGAGGCCUUUAACAAGGCCAGACUGCCGAUAGUAGCAUUUAUUUUGAGACUUGUUACAAUGAUUUUGCUGUUGACAUCUCUUACUGUUCUUAUAACCGAUUCUGCCACUUUUAAACCUGUUUUAUCAUCAAAGGAAGUCACAAUUCGCAUGAAGUAUAUCUUACUCCUGCAGGUAAUUAAUUAUAAAUUAAUUAACAUUUCUCUUCUAAACAUUUACAUAUCUACUUCUACAGGGAAACACCUGGUAGGCUAUGGUGGCCUAAUUUACUUCAACCUUUUUAGUGACAAGGUGGUAUUAUCCCUACUGGCCAGUGGAGUUGGUGCAGGAUUUGGAGCAACUUACGAUCUUAAGAAAAACCUUGACAAUCUGGAUGAUAUACUUCAAAAACUAGGCUACAAAACUAUUGCUGAUAUUCAAUCAGAGCUCGACGAUUUCUUCAACUUGGGAUAUGUCUCUGCAACCCUCCUCCUCUUGGGUUUCCUUUACUUUGGAGUUUCUUCUUUCAUAUCAUCUCUGGCCCUUUCCAGGAGAACCCAAAACUAAAUAAAAUUAAAUUAA